CACCAGGCUGUUCCUCCGAUGAAAUUUCAUAAACUGGGCACUGGAGCUUUCUCGGCUAAGUGCUCUGCACCUGGCCAGUUUCCAGGAGUAGAGGAAUGAGGUUUACCUGCCCCAGCAAUCACCUGAUUUGAAACAAUCAGUGGGGCGCCUCUUCUAUUCUGGGUUGCAGUUGAUUGCGGUUGGCUCAGACUGAGUUGUUUUGCCUAGCGUGAGUCAGCACUGCCCUGGGUAAACUGUCGGCUCUGUUGCAAUCUUGCUUACCAAAGAUACGUCCCCAGGCGGCACCAUUCACUCUGCCUGAAAGCCGCUGCUGUUGGUUGCUGAAAUGAUCUCAUCUGAACAUGGCUCCAACGAGCUCAGCCUCAGGAACUGGGGGCAGCUUGCUUUCUGCUGUGGCAGUGUUUUGAGACAGGCAAAAAUCAGGUUUUAUCAUGUGGGCAACCUGCUGCAACUGGUUCUGCCUGGAUGGACAGCCUGAGGAGGUGCCAGCAUCCCAGGGGGCCAGGACACAAGCCUAUUCCAACCCUGGGUACAGUUCCUUCCCUUCACCGACGGGCUCAGAACCAAGCUGCAAGUCCUGCGGGGCCCACUUCACCAACAUGGCCAGGAAGCAGACCUGCUUGGACUGUAAGAAGAAUUUCUGCCUGACCUGUUCGAACCAGGUGGGGAAUGGGCCCCGCCUCUGCCUGCUCUGCCAACGGUUCCGAGCCACAGCCUUUCAGCGUGAGGAGCUCAUGAAGAUGAAGGUGAAGGACCUGAGGGACUAUCUCAGCCUCCAUGACAUUUCCACGGAGAUGUGCCGGGAGAAGGAAGAGCUGGUGUUUUUGGUGCUUGGCCAGCAGCCUGCAGUCCCACAGGAGGGCAGGACUCGUGCCUUGUCCCCGGACUCGCCCGAGCAGCAGGCCUUCCUGAGCCAGCCGCAUGCCAGCACAAUACCUCCUACCUCGGCCAGCCUCCCACCUUCCCCUGCACAGGCCACCUCUGUUCCCCCAGCCCAGGCGCAGGAACGCCAGCAGGCCAAUGGCCAUGUGUCUCAGGACCAAGAGGAACCCGUCUGCCUGGAGAGCACAGCCACAGCACCUGUUGAGGAGGAGACCCAGUCUCUUGACUCAGAGGACAGCUUUGUCCCAGGCCGGAGGGCCUCUCUGUCUGACUUGACCCACCUAGAGGACAUUGAAGGCCUGACCGUGCGGCAGCUGAAAGAGAUCCUGGCUCGCAACUUCGUCAACUACAAAGGCUGUUGUGAGAAGUGGGAGCUGAUGGAGAGAGUGACACGGCUGUACAAAGACCAGAAAGGACUGCAGCACCUGGUAUGUGGUGCUGAAGACCAAAAUGGGGGAGCAGUACCAUCGGCUCUGGAGGAGAACCUGUGUAAGAUCUGCAUGGACUCACCCAUUGACUGUGUUUUGCUGGAGUGUGGCCACAUGGUAACCUGUACAAAGUGUGGCAAGCGCAUGAAUGAAUGCCCCAUAUGCCGGCAGUAUGUGAUCCGAGCUGUGCACGUCUUCCGCUCCUGAGGGUUUGCGUCAGCUUCUUCAGUGCCUUACAGGGACACAACCUAGGACAUCUGGGUUCAAGGUUGGCCAGCUCACAGAGGAGCAGGCUAACAGAAGAAAAUCUACAGUGUUCCCAAGACCAGGGCAGGCAAAGGUGCAGUGUCACCCUGGGCAUGCUUGUCUUAUCACAAAGGGUGUACCUCAUGGCUGGUAGAGCCCAAGACCAGCGGGAACUGGUACAAAUGACAUGGUGAGUCCCUGAUUGAGCCAUCUGGUGGUGGUGAUGGUAACUGAUGAACAGAGGACUUCCCAGAACUUGGACCAUAUCUUCUUCCCUUCUCCAAGAUCCUGGUUGCACCUGUACUCCUGUAUUCUCUUCUGGAAAUGCUUGCCUUUGUUUCACCAGUCAGAAGUCCUACUAGGAAUGGUUCCCUUCCUUCCCAGCCUAUUUGGGUUUAGAUUUCUAGCCUCUGGCUUUCUGUGCUUUAACCUCUUUGCUCUAGUCUCUUGCUACAUUGCCUAAACUCCAUUUGUUUCUUUGGACCAAAACCUGUUAAGUUUACCAGACCAAUAACCGUCCUCAGGACAUAAUUGGACACCUAAACUUACCUCGGAUGAGAAAUGAAGCACAAAUGUUCUAGGAAAUUGCAGUUUUUCAAGGGUUGCUGUGUGCUUAAGUGCUGGAUUUGAUUGGAAGCCGUUUCCUUACCUGACCCUGGGAAUCAAAGCAUCUGACUUGCAAUCUUCUGAUCAAUCCCAGUGUGUAAGGGAUGGUGCCACUCUUCUUGUGGCCUCACUUUGUAUCAUCCAUCACUUCAGGUUCUGAGGAAAGAGGGGCAAUGGCUUUUUGCUUAACUUCUGAUCCUCCUCUUCCAACAGGCAGGAAUCUUGAACUACUUGAAUGCAGUUCCUCUCUUUCCCAUGAAGUUUUUAAAGUUGGUUUUGUUGAAGCUUAGAGCUUUAGGCAGAGCCUUGUUCUUCUCUAGCCACAGUUCUCAACAAAAUUCCUGGAGAUCAGACGUGAAAGUGCGUCUUGGUCACACUGGAAGGUACCGAAUGAAGCUGAACCCUGCCUGUAAGCAGACAACUGGAAGUCUCAAUCCCUCUGAUUGGUAUGAAGUCCCUGCUUUCACCAUCUUCUUUAGCCUGUUGAUCUCGGGGGCAGAUCUGCAAGGGUCAUAUGAAUAGACGGGCCCUUAAAUUCUUCACAUCCCUGAAGCUGACGAAGGACUUCAGUUUGUUAGAGUAAAGUUCAGCAAAACCCAAUAAUGCACAUGCUGACAAGAGCCAUUUGUGCCAUUAGCAGUGGAUGGGAAUGCAAUGUGAAUAGCCGAGGGUCUCAGCAGCCCUCUACCAUGCACGGUAUACACUGUGUGCAUGCAGCUGAGUGUGAGACUGUCAGAGUUAGUCAUCUCACAGUAGAAGGCAGUGGGACACCGCUAAGGGCACCCACUACACUGGUACACAUUCAUUCUUUCCUUCCGUCAUCAACCACUAACCCCUUUGUGGGAAUGAAAUAAUUUCAUAAGGUGGUUGUUUGCUGAACACUGGGCCACUUAACUUCAACAUUAUACAGAGUCCUGGAUUAUUUGACUAGGCCACAGCCUUGCACAUUUCCCCAUGAAGGUAUCACCUUCCUUUUUAUGCUGGACAGUGACUAUUGUAGUUUACAAGGCCUACCAGGUAGUUUAGCAAAGGGUCAUUCAUUCAGCCACUCCUUGAUUCCACUGUGAAACAGGUCUUGUCUUUUUAUGUGCAACUCAGUCAGUAUCUAGCAAUAACGAAGGCAAAAGCUGGUUCUCUCCCUUAUAACUUGCUUCCCCUGCUGAGGCCUUACAGCCCUUUACCUCCCACUUCCUUUUCACACAUGGAGUAGGAUGAGUACUGAUGGCUGGUUAGUAACUUGUCAGCCCUAGGUCAUUUACUCAUUGUGUAGAAUAUGCCUUUAGAUCUUUUAUCCUGUUCUGGUGAAGGGUCUCAUUUAGGAAAAAAAAAAAAGGUGUCAACUCUGUUGGGUUUUUUCUUUUUGUAUUGUCUUUAUUAUACCAAAUAAAAGUUGGGAGUUUUCAAGAUCCCAUGCCAGUUAAUACCCAACCCAGAUAGAAAACUGAUUUUUUAAAUCCUUGAAUCUUUGAUCCUGCCCCUCAUAGACCUUGAUCUUAUUAUGGAAAUACCUAAUUCUUCAAUAAUUCCAUGGCUUUUGCUGUGACUGCUCUGAGAUUUGAGACUUGACUGAGUCAUAAUACAUUAGACUAGUUGAAUCCCAAAUUAUUAAAAGUAAGCUGUACAGAAAUUAGUACGCUCCAUAUAUAUUGUACAAAUUUGUUGAAAUUUCUUGGAUGUGAAUGUGUUACUUCAAGUGGCUUAUAUUAAGAUUCUCAGAUUGACUUGGGUAUUAAGGCAAACCCAAAUGUGUAUUUUUUUUUUUUUUUGUUACAGAGCUCGGCUUUAUAAUUUUGUAAUAAAGUGUCAACAUACA